CACCCGCAGAUGUGCCGGGGAGCGCAGACGGCAGCGGCGGCCGCCCCAGCGUCGCAGGCGCCGCCGCGCAUCAAGAAAUUCUCCAUCUACAGAUGGGAUCCCGACAAGCCUGGGGACAAGCCCCGCAUGCAGACGUACGAGGUGGAUUUGAAUAAGUGUGGGCCCAUGGUGCUUGACGCCCUCAUCAAGAUAAAAAACGAGGUGGACUCCACGCUGACCUUCCGCAGGUCGUGCAGGGAAGGUAUCUGUGGUUCUUGCGCUAUGAACAUCGCUGGAGGAAACACGCUGGCCUGCACCAAAAGGAUCGACCGCGACCUCAGCAGGGUCACCAAGAUCUACCCUCUCCCCCACAUGUAUGUGGUGAAGGAUCUCGUCCCGGACCUGAGUAACUUCUACGCACAGUACAAAUCCAUCGAGCCUUACCUGAAGAAGAAGGACGAGUCGCAGCAGGGCAAGGCCCAGUACCUGCAGUCCAUAGAAGACCGUCAGAAACUGGACGGCCUCUACGAGUGCAUC